CUUUCACACGUCUGACGCACCAAAAGACGACCAAAGUCUCUUUGAAUCGUCAACUUGUCCCGUCGUCAACUUGUCCGUCUCGAGGAGGUCAAGUUGAGCCGCACAAGUCAAGGAAAGAGGAAACACGCGUAGGAGGAGUUUGAGCAGCAGUUGAACCUCGGCCGCGCUGCACUCAAUUUUCACGUUGACCUCGCAGACGGGCGCUGCAUCGGGCCUGAUCAAUCGGGAACAGGCGCACUCAAUUAGCCGGUGUAAUUGCCCAGCUCCUUUCUCCCUUCCUUUGGACCAUCUCUCUUCGACUUUUGCGAAAGCAGGGAACGGACUUGGACAGACUGUCGCAAUUGCCGGCGCUGUCUCGUCGUUCGUUUGCAACACACAUUCACCGCUGGUCACGCAGGAGGUUUGAAGGCCCAUGAUUGACCACCUCCUGGGCCGGCCCUCGACGGGGCUCAAGCGCCUCCAAGUGCUGCUCGUCCUAGCAUUCUGGGGCUGGGUCCUGGGCAAAGGGCCUCGAGAUGGACCUAAAAAGCUGCCUUUAGCUCGCCGGCUGAACCAAUACGCAUCACGCUUCUCGCCAUGGCAGAUCUUUGUCUUUUCCCUCACGAGCGUCUAUGCGAUCAGGCAUCUGGACGCCCUGGCAGGCUUUGGUGCGCCCGAGCCCCUGGCGAGGAUGUACUCUCGCCCAUUCUACCGGGUCACAUGGAUCGUCACUGCCCUCGAUGCAGGCUUCGCUACUGCCAUGACGAUCAAGCCGCAGUGGCUGCGCGACCUCGCCUCCAUGGUCUUUUCGGGCUACUACCUCGUGUAUGCAAACGAGGCAGAGGAGAAGCUGCGCAAGUUCCGCGCCUUUUGCACAAUUGAGAUGAUGCGAGCCACCUGGCACAAGACGACGAAUCCGUACAUUCGAGCAGUCACUUGGAUCCAUCGUCCGCGAUUGCCCGUUGCGAGACCCAUCCUCCUGCCGAGACCCGAGAUCGGACCCCAUGCAAAGCGGCCCACAAGAGCCUGGCUGUUCUAUGCAAAGGAAGAGAGAUAUCUACAGGACGAGGACGAGCUCGUCAUUGACUUUUGUGGCGGCGGCUUCGUGUGCAUGGACCCGAGACAUCACGAGGAGCGGCUUCGUCAGGUCGCCAAGGAGGUCCAGAGGCCUGUCCUCGCCAUCGACUACUGCAAGGCUCCCGAGUACCCCUACCCGUAUGCCCUCGAGGAGUGCUUCGAUGUCUACCGGAGCCUGCACGAGUCUGGCGGUCGUGGCCUGGGCAUGUCGGGGCGCUCCUCGUUCCGUACGAUUCUGACGGGCGACAGCGCCGGUGGUAAUCUUGCCGCCGCUGUCAUGCUCAAGAUCCUCGAGUACCCACAACCCGGCAUCAAGCAAGCAUAUGCUGCACGUUCGGCAGCCAUCGGUGGCGGUGUCGACCUCAAGCCGCCAGCGCUCAAGAAGCCAAUCUCCAUGGUCCUCGUCUACCCCAGCCUCAAUUUUGCGUACACGUCCUGGAUGAAGCCAGAGCAUCUCAAUGUCCUGCGACAGCAGAGCGAAGUCAAUCUCCAGUCGCUUGAACCCAAACGAGGAAGUCCGCUGAAGAGGGAGGUGACGCCGAGCAACAAGGGCAGAACCUCCGGGACGGCAGUGACGUCUGCGACGCAGAGGGCAGCGUCCAAAAGGAGCUACACGUCACUGGCUGGCCACGCAGAGCUGCACCUGGUGGAGCGGGCAAGAAUGGCCGAGGCUGAGCCAGGCUCCCCUGACGAUGGCUCGUUGCGGUCCAGUGACAGCAGACAGCAGGCCGUCACCUCUUCGUGGCUCGGUCGCAUCGAGGGCGACGAGGUCGACGAGUUUCCAAGGCCGAGCGACUCAGAGAGAACCGCCGCGGCCGAGCGGGAGGAGCAGCAGAAGCGGCUGCAGGCUACGGCAGAAAAGAUGGACAUGGAGCUGGAGGAGAAGCAAAAGAAGGCUAACAUGGUCAAUACCAGAUUGACAAUGACGAGCAUGGCGGGAUACUUUCAGGACCGCAUCUUGACGCAGAGCAUGAUGAGAGCUAUGGCCAUCCUCUACAUCGGACCGCGGAGUCAACCAGACUUCGACCACGACAUGUACUUGUCGCCCAUUGUCGCCCCUGCCCGCCUCCUCGCAGAGUUCCCGCCUGUGCUCUUCAUCUGUGGAGAAAAGGAUCCAAUCUGCGACGACACCGUCGUCAUGGCCGGACGGAUCCGGCAGGCUAAGCUGGCGAAGCAAGCCGACUUGAAACGGCGAGGUGGACGCUUUGGGGAGCAGCUCCGCAUGUCUGGUACCGCAAAUGGAAGCAGCAUCGAGGAGAUGGGCAACGUUGACGACUGGGUCCAGAUGCGCAUCAUUGAGGGCUGGUCUCACGGCUUCAUGCAAAUGUCCGCGCUGCUGGCAGAAGCCAAGCAUGUAAUCUCGUUUGUCGGCACCUGGAUGUCCGAUUCAUUUGAGGACUACUACCACUGCACCCUCGAUAUGACCAAUUCCAAACUGCAAGCCACGGGCGCGUCAACGCAGCAGCAACACGGCACGCUGCCAACUCCGUCAUCGCUCGCCAAGGCUCUGGCGGAGCGACAGAUCAACAAGAAGAGCUCGGCGGCCUCGAUGGAUGAGAACAAGGACCCGCAGCAUCAGGCCAAGGGAACAAGCAAGAAUUACAAAACCGAAGACGGCGAAGAAGAGGAGGACGAGGAGGAAGAAGAGCCGCUCUCGUUCACGCCAAAGGGAAGAAGAUCACCGUCGGUGCAGAGCGCCGAAAUAGCCCCUAACUCGGCCGUGAUGAAUUUGAUCAAGGAGCAAAGACCUCCGGGACCCGGUGGGGCUGGGGGCGGCCGACUGCGUCCUUCUUCAUUCAGCAAUGCAGAACCUAGCUCGCGAGGCCUUCUGCUCCCACCCCAGAGCCCACCGUCCAGGCGGCGGCGGUCUGACGAAGCUGGCAACACGGCCGUGCAGACGUCGCUGGUGCAAGAAAGUAAGCUACUCGAACGCAGGAGACAGGACGCCCUAGGCUACAUGACCGGAGGCAAUGCAAACAACAUCGUCGACUCAGCAGUUGCCGAUUCAGGCAGCGAUGACGAGGAGGAAGAGGAUGAUGAUUGAUGAAUAGCGAAUGACGAUCUAUAUCAAGUGUACCAUGCUCGGCUUCCCUGUUUCCCAGGCGUUUGUCACAUCUCAUUAGACUCCAAUGUCAUACCGGUAUAUUACCGUCACCC